AUUUAAUUUCAUUGCGAACUAUUAAACUUACAAAAAUAUUAUUAAGUGUACAUAUGUCUGGCUAAGACCAUAUGUAGUUACAUACCUACAUCUGCUUUGGCAACACCUUUAUUUCGUUGUACAAAAAAAUAAAUAAAAACGUAGUUAAUAGUGGAAAUAACUGAUAUGGAGAAUACCAGUGUUUUUUCAUUGAUCUCGCUCGAAGCUGAGGAGUCGACGAGUGAUUUCGCUUGGAAUGUCAGCUCAACUGCAUCGCCAAGUGUUAUUGCCCAGCCGCUCGCGCUCUAUCACAACCGCCGCCGUUUCUUAUUCAGCGGUAUUGUACUACUGCUCGGCGUUAUUGGCAAUUCUUUGGCGUUGUUGAUUUUGGCGCGCAAAAAGGCUACUAAAAAUAGCAAAUAUACGUUAAUGUUGCGUUGCUUAGCUUCAAAUAAUCUUAUCGGCCUACUUGGCAUGCUGUUAACGCUGUUGCUCAAAGUUUACGUGCCUGAUGAUAAGUUUAAGGCUUAUGUGCGUUGGGAUUGCACCCUAAAGGUGUUGUGUCGUUUUUUCGGACUUAGUUCCGGCUGUAUUGCGGCGGUCAUGGCCAUUGAACGUUGGAUGGCUUUGGCGCGGCCUUUCAUCUAUCAUAAGGUGAGUUAGUCUAAAAUAAAUUUA